CCGUAACUGUUUUUUGGCAAGAGUCCCUCGGGCGCGCGUUACAUAAAACGAACGUCGCACUGCUUUCAGUACAAAAAGGUUAAAAAUAGAUUUUGAGAGUGAAUUGCGUGUCGGACAUUUUUGUUUUCAUAUGACAUACAUACGGCGUCUUCACAGUAAUAAAUGUUAGAAAUCUGAGUGAAACUCUGAAACUAGGUACUGUAAACGUUGGACUGAUUUUUUUGUGUACGUUGUGAAAGAUAAAAUAAUAUAGGAAAAGGAGGUGGAUGUAGCGUUUUAAUAUUCUAAGAGUGUAGUGCGGCAGAAAAAAUUAAAUAUGGCUCAAGUGGAGCCCAUGGAGGUUGAUGUUGUUAGCACCGAUUUUGAUGAUAAAGAAAAUUCAUUACAGAACGGUAAUGUGCUACUUAAAACUCCUUCCACUGAAAAAGGCUUUGAAGAUCUUGAUGUAUCGGAACUAAACAUGAAACUAAGAUAUUCCAUGACUCCUGCCUCUUCUCCGAUGUCCAGGAGCUUUACAGCAAAUUGUAGAGACAAUAAUAUAUGUGAUGAUGACAGUUCCAAUACCACAAUAAAUGAUAAUGCAAAUUUGACUCGCUCAUUUAAUUCUACUAUAACUAAAAUGAAUAGCAGUUUGAAAUCACCAAAGUUUCCAUUACAAGCCUUGUCUACAGAACAAUUUUUGGAUGGAAAUGGGAAUCCAAUAAACAGAUCUCUUGAUAUAGAAUGCCAUAAUGUAACCUUGACUUUAACUGGAUCUGACAAUAUAGAUGAUAAUUUAUUAUCACCAAGUAAUUCGUCAUCAUUGGUUAACACUCCUGAAGCAACCACACCGACUAAAGAAAUUCCGAAAGACAGUGGUUCACCAAUCCUGCGUGGACUGAAAAGUGUAUUGAAUAUGUUCAGACCAUCUCAGAGCCCUAUACCAGCAGAAGAUACGGAUACAAGUAAUCUAGGUUCCCCCCAAAAAAAGGAGGAAUCAUUAAAACAUACUACGAGUUCAGCUUCAACGCCAACCACAGAUAUCAAGAAUAAAGAAAAUAAUUCAAGAAAUAAUAGUUUGCUAAAAGAUAGUGUUGUGUUUCACGACGACUUGGAAAAGGAAUUGUUGUGGAAAGAUGAGACGGCAAUUAUUUUUAAGGAAGAAAAAAUUCCAAUACACAAAUUAUUUUUCAAAACCAAUUCUGCUGGUCUCGAUAAGACCAAUGUCAAUCCUGUGGAACAUGAAAAUAUGGAUACUACUGUUGAAGAUAUGGAGGUUUCCUUUGAUAAUACUUUAGUGGAAAAUAAUAAAAUCAUGUCAGAAAAUGUUCAUGUUCAAGAUACUCGUGACCAACGAAAUACUCCAGAAUCUGAUUGUGAAUUUCUUGACUGUGAAUCAUAUAGUAAAAACGAUGGGAAAGUUAUCGAAGAUAAAGUUCAAAUGGUACCUGGGGUAACAGAUUCAUCUCAAAGUUCACCUAAACCAUCUCCAAUUCAACCAGAAAAUAUUAUUUGUGAAAGUAAUGCUAGUUCUCAAGUUGUCUGCAACACAAUUGAAGAGACACACACUGUGAUAGCAAAUACAGAGAAUGCUACGAUAGGAGAAGAAACAGAUUUAAAUUACAAGCAGAAUCUCCAAACCGAUGUACUAAAAGUAGAAAAUAUUUUAGAACAUACAAGUAAUACAAAUAUUUCAAAUGACAUUUUCCAAGAGAACAUUCCCAGAGAUCCAGAUAAUGAAAAUUCACAUGGCUCGGUACAUUGUGAUAAUGAGAAAAUUAAUUCAUUUGAAGAUAGUUUAAAUCCCGUAUCACCUACAGACAUAAAGCAUGACAUUGAUCCUACAGCAGAUAAUGCUAUUAAUACAUCUCAAUAUGAUUUAGACAAUAGUUUAGAUAGAGUUGAUAUUAAACAAACAACUGGCUAUAAUGAAGUGAAAUAUGAUAUGAUUACAAAACAACAUUCUGAUGAAUUAUUGAGUAAUGUCAAUUUGACACUGGACAGUCCGAGUAUGUCUUCAGACUGUCACGGAGUUGUUGAACAGCGUAAUGUAAGACAAGAGGAAGAACAAGAUAUAACAGUGACUAAAUUUGUAGAACCUGUGUGUAUUGAGAGUGAAAUUAAAGAAGUGCAUGAAAUUAUAGAGCCUUGCAGAGAAGAAAUAGAUGAAAAUAAGGAAACAGAUCCUUCUAAUCGUAAAGUCAUCAUGAAUGUAUCUGAAUUCAAUGAAAAUGAGAAAUCACCAGCACAAGUACCACUACCAUGUGACAGUGAAGACUUUAACAAUGAACAAUCUGAGGAAGAAAUAAACAAUAUACCAAUAAAUUUCUCAACUGCUAAUACAAAUUUGAAUGAGUCUUGCAGCCAAGAAAAUAAUACAAAUACUGCAAUGCCUGUUGAAAAUAUUAUGCAUCCUGAAAAUGUUAUCAUAUCUUCAGAGGAUACUCUUAUAACGCAAACACCUCCCUUAAAAGUAUCUGAUAAUACAGAAAAUUUUAAUAUGGAAUUGAACUUGCCAAAUAACAGUGUCGUAAAUGACACCAUGACCUGUGGAGAAAAUAAUAUAUUUAUGCAAGAAGCAGAUUUUGACAAAGCUGCUCCUCUAGAUAAUGUUGUAGAUACUUUAGAAUCAAGGGCAGAAGACAGUGAGAAUUUGUUAGACUCAAACUUAUCUCCUGAAGUAGAAAGUUUUAGCAUAGUCCAAAAAAUUAAAAAUCAUCCGGAAAUCAUUUGUACUAACACACAGGUGAAUAACGAAGAGACUAUUGAAUCUGAUUGUGUAAGAUGUGAUGAAAGUAUUCCACUGUGUGAUAAUAAUAUGUCAGUCACCAACGCGGAGACAAACGAAUAUACUUCUGAAAACAAAAAUAAAGUCACAUCGACUUUAGAGAAUAAUACCUCUGAGCUUGAUGGCAAAGUCAACCUAAAACUUGAUUCUGCUAAUAGUCUGCUUGAUGUUAAUAACGAGAAUGAAAAGACGAUUGAAAUAAGUAGUCCUUCAGCUAUUUUUAACAUUACAAUAGAAAUGGAAGUGGAUAUAUCUAAACAAGAUUUAGAGAAUAUUGAGAAUCCUUUUGAAACUGUAAACAAACUGACAUCGUCAUUUGAAAUAAAAAGCUCUUUAAUUAGUAGCAAAAUUGAAAAGCAACAAGAACUCUCCGAAGGUCUGCAUGAAAAUCACAAGAAUGAAGAAACUAAUGAAAUGAGUACAGGUGAAACGGUUAUUAAUACUACAACAGAUAUGGAAGUAGAUAUAUCUAAACAUGACUUGGAAAUUAAUUUGAAUCCCUUUGAAACUAUAAACAAACUGACAUCGUCAUUCGACUUGAAAUUCGAUCCGAUUGAUAGCAAAGUAAACCUCAAACUAGACUCUGCUAAUAGUGUGCUGGAUGUUAAUCACACAAAUGAAAAAACUAAUGAGAAAACGAAUGUAAAAAGGAUUCCUGAAACACUCAUUAAUACUACAACAGAUAUGGAAGUAGAUGUAUCUAAACGCGACUUAGAAAUUAAUCAGAAUUCACUCAGAACUAUUGAAAAUGAACACAUAUAUCCGCUCGAAGAACCUCUUGGUACACCUAUAGAAAAUAAGAUUGUGGAUAAAAUUGAUCUUGAGACAAAUGAUCAGAUAAACGAAACAGCCGCCUGUGAAACAACAAUAAAAGGAACUGAAGAAGUUGUAUCAAAUUGUAAUAUUCUGAAAGAAGAUGAUCUGAAUGCAGGAACAUUUGACACCCGAAUUUCUACCAGUGACAGUAAAGAAUUAUUUAGUGGACAGUCUGUCCAAACUACAUCCACAACUAGUAAUGAUAAUGUACAGGAUGCGAUUAUCUCUUCGACCAAUUAUAAUCAUUAUUCCACCGACAUAAUCGAACAUGAAGUUACAACUGCCACAGAAAACUCGGAAAAUCAGUUUGAAACAAAAAAUGUUGAAAGAUUUUCACCCCCCAUCUCUUCGAUGUUGAAAAAUACAGGGUAUAAUAUUAAUUUUGAUGAUAUAGAUGACCCUUUUGCCACAAAAUCAAAUAUAAGAAUGUCACCACCGCCUAGUGUAAUUGAAGAAAAUUUCGUAUACAAUGAACCUAUGGAACAUCGACCGGUAAUGCAAAAAUCACAGCAAUCGAGUCGGCGAAAGUCGUGUCAAGAGCGGAAAAAGCCAAAUAUUGCAAAGAAAGCUAAUGGCUCUUUUGACUGCGUUGUAAAUAGGAAUGAGACUUUUGAUACAUUUCAAGUAAGUUCUAGAAUAUCUGAAGGUGAUCUCGAGGACAACAAAAUUAAUGAGAUUUAUGAAGAAAAAGACUAUAUUGCUAACCCACAUAUAAAAAAUAUAUCAGAAGUUGAUAAAAACAUUGAGGAAUUUGAUGAAGUCCACCAACCUGUUAGCACAAAUCCUAUCUGUAAGAACGUAUUUAAUUUGCCUGAAAUACAUGACAUUAACUUUAAUCCAUUUGUAACUAAAACGAAAAUUCGCGAAUCGCCAGAGAAACAAUCCGAGGAUGUUUCAAAUUAUACACAUCAUAAAAACGACGUCUCCUGUUCUGAUAAGCUACAAGAGACAAUGCAAAAUAAGGAUGAGACAUUUCCUAUUGAAGAAAACAAUGCGCAAGUGUUGGACAGGAAUUUGACAUCUAAUUUAAGCAGUGUAACUUGUUCAUCCCCCAACACAAACGAUGCCACAAUUCGAGAAGUUCAUACAGAAGAUGAAGAUACGGAAGAAGGCCCUUUUCUUGAGGCAGAGGAUUUUGCUGAUUUCGUUAAAGUGGCUGAUAUGGAAAUCGAAAAAGAUAUGAUGAAUUUUGACGACUUGCCUGCACCACGUAAUAAUGAUGAUAACAAUGAAAAUGGCGAAAUGUUUAUCGAUGCCGAGGCAUUUGAGUUUCUGCUUAAUCAAAAUAAGAGUAAUAUGGUCGCAGAUAGCGGUAAAGAAAGUCUCUUUCUUAAGUUUGAUCCACUGUUUGCAAAACGAGUUUCCUCUGACGGAGUAGUUGCUGCUCUGAACAAAAUUAAAAACAGACAAAGCACUCCGAAGAAACCAACUCCGUUGAAGCCAAUUAUGCAAGAAGACAGCCUUUCACCAGAACAUUCAACUAUCACAGUAAGUACAGCUCCAGUGACCGGUGGGGCGGUCGAUGACCCUGUCGCAACGACAUUCAAACCAAUGAUGGUGGUGAAUCCGGCAGUGGCCUCCAUGGUUUCGCCUAGAAAAUCUACAACUCCGCCGAGAGCUAAUAGACGUUCUCUAAAUAUUACGUCUCCUGCUAUGGCUGUUAUUGACAGACUCUUAUCUCUAAGCGGAAACUCUUCGCGAUUAGAAGAAGCUAGUUCUGUACCUCUGCCCAGACACUACAGUGAGACAGAUUUUGCCCUGACCCAACUCAGGGAACUAUUGGCAGAGAAAGAAAUAAACGUACAUAAUUUAAGGUUAGAGUCCAAGGAAUUAAAAGAAAGAUUAGCAAACAUGGAAACUCAAGUGCACAGUUUAGAAAAUGAGAGCAAAGAAAGAUUGAGGAAAGUGAACGAGCUCAACGAAAGACUAGCGGAAAAGAAUACGAUUAACAAGAGUCUGGCUGUAGUAGUGGAAGAAUAUGAACGAACCAUCGCCAGUUUGAUAGCGGGAAUGGAACAGGAUAGAAAGAGAAAUGCAGAAGAGAGAAAGAGAAUCAUCAGCGAGAGAGACGAACAGACAGCUCACCUCGCGAGCAUGGAAGUGUCCUUCAGGGAUCUACACAGUAAGUACGAAAAGAGUAAGCAGAUAAUAUUAAACAUGAAGGCCAACGAGGACAAGUACAAGGCCUCUCUGAAGACAUUCGAAGACAAUCUGUUGAAAAUGCAGAACAACUAUGAGUUACUGAAACAGCACGCGACAUCGAAACUCAACCACGCCAAUCAGGAGUUGGAGAAGUAUAACAGGAGCCACGAGGCGGAGGUCUUGAAGCUGAACGCUAUGAUUAAGAGGAAGGAAUUACAUAUAACGUCACUGGAAGAAUCGCUGUCCCAGAAGACUAAGGCCAACGAGGAAUUGACGGCCAUUUGCGAUGAGCUCAUUAAUAAAGUAGGAUGAACUAUUUUCGUCUCGACGUGAUACACGGCUUGUGCUCUUAUUGUGACAUAAGUCGCAUCAAGUCUAUAUCUCGUGAGUGCCAAAUCUAUAGUUUAUCGAUGGACAAAGACUGAUUGCUGCACCGAAACGUGGUUGGAACGUUCAGAAACCACUUCGUUUCGAUUAGAGUUAGACAAUAAAAACAUAUCUAUUUACUAAUAACCUCUCUCACAUUACGCAUCACAAUUGUGCUGGACAUAAUUGAUGUCGUAACGGUACCACUAACGCACGUAAUAUAACAAACAGGCGACUAAUUAUAUUUUAAUGUAUAGUUUUAAAUAUUUUUCUAUGUUGUAUAAGAGAAUGUUAUUUUUCUAAUGGUGAAAUUUUUAAGUGACAUUGUAUUCACGGAUCUGUAUGUUUUUUUAUAUCUCCUCGAAUAAAAUAAUUGUGAUUGAUGACGUAUUUUUUAUAGAACUGACAAAUUUUGUAAGGAAUAACUUCAUAUCAUGUUGAUCAGUUUAUAGAAUUAUUCAGUGACCAUGCAUGUGGGAGUGUUGAAGGCUCGAAUAUGUUAUUUUUGUACAAAACAUUUCAGAAUACCAAUUAUUUUAGUUAAUAAAAUGUAUUGUUUGUAA